CCGUUUAUUCUCUGCAGAACGACACCAACCGCGUCCAAUAAAAUCCUGGCAAACGCAUUCCUGUGGAGACAUUAACCAAUCGGCAGAGAGGAGGGCGUGACUCUCCUUUACUCCAGCAAAGCAGAAGUAUGAAGUUCAGUUAACAGUGAGCCGCUGCAGUGAGAGAAUGGUGCACCUUCGCGCGCGCAGGUGCGUCGUUUUAUUAUCCAACCCCGAUUUUGUGCACCUAUAAACUUUAGCCGAAGGGUGUAUUUUGACAGAAGCGCAUGCACAAAGUUCUGCGGGUCUCCGCUGCGGUUCCGCUCCACAAAUGGCUCGGAUUAUCAUUGUUGCCCCGCAUCUGCACGGGACUGGCGCUGCUUUGAUUCUGCUCGCGCUCAUUCUGACAGGUGAUGCAGCCGCAAAUGUUUUCGACAGCUACGGAUUGUCAUACGCCCUGAGGGCUGAGCUUUCAGAAGACACGAUAUUGGUCGCCAAUAACGGGAUCCGCGUGCCUUUCGGGAGAUCCGUUUCUAUUGAUCCCGUGAACGAUUUGGUUAUCCAAGUUCAGCCGGGUGACAGAUGCAGCGUUACAGUUUUGGACAACGACCCCCUGUCUCAAAGGCCGGGACACCUGUCUCCGAAAAAGUUUCCUUGUGAAUUUGGCCCCAGCGACGUGAAGUACUCUCACUUUGGCUCCAGGAGUCCUCCGAGGGACAGAGUGAGAUUACAGCUCAGGUAUGACACGCAAACGGAUACAAUUAUAAUCCCAUUCAUGAUGGAGGUGGAGGUUGUUUUUACUCAGCUGGAAGUGGUGACAAAAAACAUGCCUCUUACUGUUGACAACCUGCUGGGCGCAAGUAACCCUAUAGACAGAGGGAUAUUGGAAUUUACCUUUGAUAGAAGUGCGCACCAGUGUAAAGUAGUCUCCCUCUCCAGUGGCAGCAUGCUUCCCAGAUAUGGUAAACUUGUGGAUGACAGCCUGGGAACAAUGGUAGACUGUGAUGAUUUUAUUAGGAAGAACACCCGCUAUCAGCAUACUUUUGCUUUGAAGUCUCCCAACAGAGAUUACAUCCCCAUGCUUGUGGAAUUACAGGACAGAGAAGGCAAUGUGCUCAAGCAGGAAUUUUUCCAAAUUUUGGUGAGAAUAAAAGAUGGGGAGGACAACACGCCCCCUAAGCCCAGCUUUGUUGCUAUGAUGAUGAUGGAAGUAGAUCAGUUUGUAAUGACAGCAGUAACCCUGGAUAUGUUGGCUGCAGAGGAUGUGGAGUCAAACCCUGAUGAUUUAAUUUUCAACAUCACCUCCCCCCUCACUUUUGAUGAAGGCUACAUAGUCAGCACAGAUGACAGGAAUUUACCAAUAACAUCAUUUUACCAAGGAGACCUCAAAGAAUUGAAAAUUGCGUAUAAACCUCCUGCUGUGGAUUCAGACACAGAAAGGAUUUUCCAGAUUGAGUUUGAGGUGGUGGACACAGAGGGUGCUGUAUCAGACCCAUUUGCUUUCAUGAUUGUUGUUAAGCCUAUGAACACGCUGGCCCCUGUGGUCACAAGAAAUACAGGACAGUUACUAUAUGAAGGUCAGUCCAGACCUUUGUCUAGUUCACAGAAUCUGGAAAUAAGUGAUGAGGAUAAUUUAGACAAAGUACAAAUUACUGUAAUUGCUGGCCUGCGGCAUGGAGAGUUAAACAUUCUGGGUUCCACUAGGAAAUUUUUCACCCCAGCUGACCUCGACGCUGGAGUUGUCACCUACCAGCAUGAUGGCAGUGACACAUACAGUGAUAACAUUAUCUUCAGAAUGAUGGAUGGCACGCAUGAGGUGGAGUUUUUGUUUCCAAUCACAGUUGUGCCAACAGAUGACGAGCCGCCCAUAAUCAACGCCAACACUGGUUUGGUUUUAUUCAAAAACCAAAUGAUGCAAAUCUCCUUACUUAUGCUCAGUGCAGCUGAUAUUGACUCAGAAGAUUCAACAAUAAAAUUCACAUUAGAGCCUCCCUUUUCAAAGAUCGGGCAGGUGUUGCUGCGCCAGUCUGAGGCACCAGAAGACCCAUCUACCUGGAAGUUUAAUACAGAUGAUGAAAUGUAUGAGAAAGUUGUAACUGAAUGGCUUCAACAGGAUAUUACUGAUGGAAAACUUUUCUACAAGCACUCUGGACUCCACAGCACCAGUACAGUAAUGGAUCAGUUUGUGUUUAAAGUACAAGAUGACAAUGACCCACCUAAUCAAUCAGGUAAGAGCACAUUUAUUAUAAAAAUUCUCCCUGUUGAUGACAUCCCACCUGAGCUGUACCCUGGCACAACCCUGCAGAUGACGGUACAUGAAUAUCAGCUUACCUACUUCAAAAAAAAUUAUCUUCGGUACACUGACCUUGACUCAGAAGAUCGGGAUCUCAAAUACACAAUCAUCCAACUGCCAACAGACACAGAUGAUAAUAACCCAGUUGUUUUGGGAACUCUUGUGUUGACUGAAAACCCCAACAUGGAAGUGACAAGUUUCACCCAGGCACAAAUUAACCACCAUAAAAUAGCCUACAGACCACCUGAUCUUGAGCUUGGAAUUUCCACUCAUGUUUUACAGUUCAAGUACACCGUGGAGGAUGAUUCUGGAAACAGUGCAGAAGGAUUUUUCACUAUAUUUCUAAAGCCUGUGGACAACAAACCACCACAGAUAACAAACUCAGGGUUUACUGUGAUUGAGCAUGGCCAACAUAUACUAACAAGAACUGAGCUGGACACCACAGACACAGACACAGACAGCAGCAAAAUAACAUUCACUGUUACACAGCCUCCUCUUCAUGGUCAGAUGCAGUUUAAAUUCACUGAUAUGACAAAAGGAGAUAUUUUCAACUUACAUCAUAUUGGAAAGGGCAUGAUCUCAUACAUUCAUAGCGGAGAUGAAUCAACAGUAGAUUUAAUACACAUAGAUGUCAGUGAUGGGGUGCACAUUGUCCCAAUAACAAUAAAGAUUACCAUAAAGCCAGUUGAUGAUGAAACUCCAACUAUCAUUCUUCCAGCUGGAACAAUAGGUUCCUACUUAGAUGUACUCGAAAAUGAAGCCACAGAAAUCACAAGUAAUGUCCUCCAGGGAAGAGAUGAGGACACAGAUGACCUUCGUCUGACUUUCAUUGUUGAAGACAAGCCAUCAUUUGGUGAAAUUCUGGUGAAAGGGGUUCCGUCUGACACAUUCACUCAGGCUGAUAUCAUUAAUGGCUUUGUGGUCUAUGCUCAUACAAGCGGGGAGAUCGGCCUGAACACAAAGGAGGACUUUUUCAAUCUCACUCUGACUGAUAUGUCUGAUGAGUGGACUGUGGGAGGAAAUAAAAUCACAGGUGUCAGAGUGCAUGUAACUAUUCUUCCCCUGGACAGCCAGGCUCCAGAGGUCUUUGUUAGGCCACAGUUCACUGUUACUGAGGGAGAAAAGAAUGUCAUUCAGACUCUUCAUAUAAGUGCCAAUGAUGUUGAUACCCCCAACGAUGACCUCCUUUGUACAAUUAUUGUACAGCCCACUUCAGGGUAUGUGGAAAACAUCUCUCCUGCCCCAGGCUCAGAGAAAUCCAGGUCUGGCACAGCUAUUAGUGCUUUCACCAUCAAGGACAUCAGACAGAAUCACAUUUACUAUGUUCAAAGCAUUCACAAAGGAGUUGAACCGGUAGAGGACAGGUUUACCUUCAGAUGCUCUGAUGGCAUCAAUUUCUCUGAAAGGUACUUUUUCCCCAUUUCCAUAAUCCCUUCUAAUGAUGAAAAGCCUGAGAUUUACAUGAGAGAAUUUGUAGUUAUGGAGGGCAUGAACAUAGUUAUUGACACUCCUAUCCUGAAUGGUGCUGAUGCAGAUCUCCCUUCUGAUCAGCUCACAGUCUUUAUCACCAAACCUCCCAGGCAUGGAUUUAUUCUCAAUCAGCUCACCACUGGCUCCCUCCCUGUAUCUAACUUCACUUUGGAUCAGAUCAGGGAGGCCUCCGUUAUUGUGUAUGAGCAUGAUGGCUCAGAGACAACAGAGGAUAGCUUUGACAUCAUUCUCACAGAUGGAAAGUUCAGCGUGGAGAAAACAGUAAUAGUUAUGGUAAUCCCUGUGGAUGAUGAAACUCCGAGGCUGUCCGUCAACGAUGGCCUUGAAAUUGAGAUAGGUGAAGUUAAAGUAAUUAACAGCAAUGUUUUAAAAGCUACUGAUCUUGACUCAGAGGAUAGUACGCUGACUUUUAUUAUCAGAUAUGGGCCCGGUCAGGGGUAUUUGCAAAAAACAAUAUUGUCUGGAGAAUUUCAAAAUAUAACCGUUGGGAUGAAUUUUACACAAAACGAAGUAGAUCAGGGACUGAUUAUUUAUGUCCACAAUGGGCAAGAAGGAAUUCGUGACCUCAUCAAAUUUGAUGUAACAGAUGGAUUCAACCCUUUAAUUGACAGAUACUUCUAUAUCACAAUUGGUGACAUUGACAUGGUCUUCCCUGAUGUGGUCAGUAAAGGUGUAUCCCUUAAAGAGGGGGGCAGAGUUACUUUGACAACUGACCUUCUCAGUACAAGUGACCUUAACAGCCCAGAUGAACACUUAGUUUUCACAAUUACCCGUGCUCCUGUGAGAGGGCACUUAGAAUGCACAGACACACCUGGGAUGCCAAUCUCAUCCUUUACGCAGCUCCAGAUGGCUGGUAAUAAAAUCUUCUACAUUCACACCGCUGACGACGAAGUGAAAAUGGAUAGCUUUGAAUUUGAAGUGACUGAUGGUUACAACCCUGUGUUCCGCACUUUCCGGAUCUCCAUCACUGACGUGGACAACAAAAAACCUGUAGUAACAGUACACAGUCUGGUGUUGACAGAGGGAGAAAACAAGCUCAUCACACCAUUUGAACUAACAGUGGAAGACAGAGACACUGUCGACCGGCUCUUGAAAUUCACAGUUACUCAAAUCCCAGUUCACGGUCGCCUGCUCUUUAACAACACCCGGCCUGUCACCUCCUUCACAAAGCAGGACCUGAAUGAGAACUUGAUCAGCUACAAACAUGAUGGCACAGAGAGUGCAGAGGACAGUUUCUCCUUCACUGUCACUGACGGCACCCACACGGACUUCUAUGUCUUCCCUGACACAGUUUUUGAGACUCGAAAUCCUCAAGUGAUGAAGAUUGCAGUUCUUUCUGUGGAUAAUGGGGUGCCACAGAUUGUAGUAAAUAAAGGUGCCCCAACACUGCGAGUUCUGGAGACAGGUCACCUUGGCUUUGUUAUCACCAGUAAGACCCUUAAAGCAGAGGACAGAGACAGCAUUCAGGGCUUUGUUACAUUUAGGAUUACUGCAGGCCCAGAACAUGGCUACCUGAUCAACCUUGGCAAAGGAAAUGCUACUAUCACCACCUUCACGCAAGCUGAAAUCAAUGACAUGAAUAUAUGCUACAUUCUGAGGGAUGGUGACAGUACCACAAAUGAUGUCUUUCACUUCUCCAUUGAGGACAGUGGAGGCAACAAACUAAGGAACCAGCAGUUUAGACUGAACUGGGCUUGGAUUUCUUUGGAGACGGAACGCUAUGUGGUGGACGAGGAGGUCAAGUUCCUGGAGGUUGUACUGAAACGCCGUGGUUACCUGGGGGAAACUUCGUUUGUUAGCAUUGGCACGAAAGAUGGUUCUGCAAAAAAGGACAAAGACUUCCGUGGGAAAUCUCAAAAACAGGUGCAGUUCAACCCCGGCCAGACCAGAGCCACCUGGAAGGUCCGGAUCCUGUCAGACAGCGAGUACGAAGUGUCAGAGACAUUUCAGAUCGUCCUGUCUGAGCCGGUGAUGGCAGCUCUUGAGUUUCCUGAAAUCGCUACCGUGGAGAUCCUGGACCCUGGUGAUGAAUCCACAGUGUUUAUACCAUCAGCUGUGUACAACAUAGAGGAGGACAUCGGUGAGCUGCUUAUUCCUGUUCGCAGGAGAGGAGAUGUCAGUGAAGAGCUUAUGGUUAUAUGCUACACACACCAAGUUUCGGCCACAGGCACUGUCCCCACUGCAGUGCUGUCCUACUCUGAUUACAUCUCCAGGCCUGAAGACCAUCGCAGCAUCCUGCGCUUUGACAAGGGAGAGAUAGAGAAAUCCUGUCGGAUAGUGAUAAUUGAUGAUUCCUUGUACGAAGAUGAGGAAAGCUUCAAUGUCACCCUCAGCAUGCCCAUGGGGGGCCGCCUGGGCUCCGAGUUCCCCACAGCCAAAAUCAUAAUCAUUCCUGAUAUGGAUGAUGAUCCUGUUUUCUACUUUGGAAGCACAGAAUACCAUGUGGAUGAGAGUGAUGGCUUUGUGGAAGUGCAGGUAUGGAGGACGGGGACUGAUCUUUCCAAAGGAGGAACUGUCACAGUGCGCUCCAAAAAGACAGAUCCUGUCUCUGCUGAGGCUGGUGUAGAUUAUAUGGGGAUCAGCCGAAAUCUGGACUUUGCACCGGGGGUCACCACGCAGACACUUCGCGUGACUAUUCUGGAUGAUCUUGGCCAGCCGGUUCUGGAGGGACCAGAAAAGUUUGAACUGGUACUACGAAUGCCUAUGAAUGGGAUCCUCGGGGAGCCAAGCAAGACUGUCAUCGUUAUCAACGACUCUGUUUCUGACUUGCCGAAGGUGCAGUUCCGCCACGCUGUGCAUGUAGGAAAUGAGAAUGCAGGACAGAUCUCAGCUACUGUGUAUCGUAGUGGAGAUAUCAGCUACAAGUCUACAGUUCGCUGUUACAGCCGGCAAGGGACAGCCCAGGUCAUGAUGGACUUCAUUGAGAGGCCAAACACAGAUGCCUCUAUUAUCACCUUCUCACCAG